CCUCAUUCGUUUGCAUAUUGCCCAAACGAAACACCCUUAUCAUAACUUCCUCAAUAACUGUUCUAAAGUAAUCUGUUGAAUCACUCUUACCUUCCCCGUACCCUGAGAUCAACAUCACCUAGACAACAUUAACAGCAUUUACACAACCAUGUGGGCAGAAGAUGACUUCACUCUUCCCUCUGGGGUAGUGCGACUGGGCCUAUCUGAACCACAAGAUGGCUAUACCUACAUCAUGUACCACGGCACAACUCAGCAGGCAGCAAAUCAAAUCCUGUACACUGGUUUUCGGCAGUCUGCUGGUGGUAUGUUGGGGCGUGGAGUGUACCUCAGCCGAGACCUGGAGAAGGCAAGCAGGUACCCCCUGGAGCUUCCUGAAAAUCAGAGGGUUGUCAUCCGAGUCAAAGUCAAUGUGGGCAAGGUGAAAAGAAUUGACAAUCAGUAUCAUCGUCUGCGGACAACCUGGCAUGAGAACGGUUACGACACCGCCUGGGUUCCUCCUAACUGUGGUAUGGUGAAGAGUGGUCUAGAAGAGGACUGUGUCUGGGAUCCAAAACGCAUCACUGUCUUAGAUUUCAUCCAGCCUAAAAUGCAACAGCCCCAGGGUUCUUCAUGCUGCUUCAUCGCCCAGUCUUGUCUUCUUUACAGCAGCAUUUACACAACCAUGUGGGCAGAAGAUGACUUCACUCUUCCCUCUGGGGUAGUGCGACUGGGCCAAAUUGAACCACAAGAUGACAAUACCUACGUCAUGUACCACGGCACCACUAAGCAGGCGGCAGGGAACAUUAAGGCCUCUGGUUUUCGUCCGUCUGCUGGUGGUAUGUUGGGGCGUGGAGUGUACCUCAGCCGAGACCUGCAGAAGGCAAGCAGGUACCCCAUAAAGCUUCCUGAAAAUCAGAGGGUUGUCAUCCGAGUCAAAGUCAAUGUGGGCAAGGUGAAAAGAAUUGACAAUAAGUGUCAUCCUCUGCGGACAACCUGGCAUGAGAAUGGUUACGACACCGCCUGGGUUCCUCCUAACUGUGGUAUGGUGAAGAGUGGUCUAGAAGAGGACUGUGUCUGGGAUCCAAAACGCAUCACUGUCUUAGAUUUCAUCCAGCCUAAAAUGCAACAGCCCCAGUGUCCUUCACCGUGGUCAUGAAGGGUGGAUGAUGUGUAACAAUAUGAAAAGAAAAUACAUUGAAUGUAUUUCAACAGUAUGUCAUUUAGACUCAUUGACUAAAGCAACAGUUGAUUUUGACCAAUAAAUUGUUACAACAAUAAA